GUGUAUAUGUGACCGUGAAAGAGAGAGACUUGGGAACUGUGCGCGGUCCAGCUCCUCCGAAACUCACCAAACCCAUUUCGAGCUAGGGUUUUCUGCUGUUAUCUUCUUCAGUCUACUUCAAAUACACCCAAAAAUACCAGCACGACUACAGAGAGAUUAACUAGCUUCCUUCAGGUGGUGUGGGUCAGGUGGGAUUUUGAGGAAGAUACAUAUUUUGUAGUUUGCUCUUUAACCACUUUCUGAGAAAGAGAAUAUAAAAGAUAAUGCAGACACCAAAAGCAAGCAGAACCUCUUUGGAAGUGCCUCAGAGGAAAUCUCCUGGAACCCCUCGAACUGCUCGUCAGCUGAAGUCACCAAAAAAUGAUUCUGUUGCAGUUUCCUCUACAAGUCCUGCAAGCAAGAAACCAAAAGAUGGAAGUCCUAAGGUUGUUGAGCGCAGAUCCCCAAGAAGCCCUGCAACAGAGAAGAAGCGAACGGGUAGGGUGGCUGAAUUGGAAGCACAUCUUACUCAACUCCAAGAGGAUCUAAAGAAGGCUAAGGACCAACUGAAUGCGUCUGAGUCAUUGAAGAGGCAAGCCCAACAGGAGGCUGAGGAGGCUAAGAAGCAGCUUUCAGCCAUGUCAGCCAAGCUUGAAGAAUCUGAACAGCAACUGAUGGAGAUCUCUGCUUCUGAGGAUUCUCGGAUUCUAGAGCUCCGAAAAAUCUCACAAGAUAGAGAUAGAGCAUGGCAAUCUGAACUUGAGGCUCUUCAGAAGCAGCACUCGAUGGAUUCUGCUACCUUUGCUUCUGCCAUGAAUGAAAUUCAGAAGCUGAAAGUUCAGCUAGAGAAGGCAUGUGAAUCUGAAGCCAUCCAAGCUGAUCAUGCUGAAUCUGCAUAUGCUGAGAUUCAGAAACUGAGAACAGAACUUUCUGAAACUAUCUCCCUGGUUGAAAAAAUGAAGUCUGAGCUCACUGAUUGCAGAGAAUCUGAAGCCAGAACUCUUGAUAUGUUGAGUGAAACCCAAAUGCAAUUGGCUACCUCAAGUGCCACUGUGGAAAUGUUGCGUUCUGAUGGUGCCAAAACCGCAGAAGCUUACAAUUUAUUAUCAUUGGAGUUGGAGCAGUCAAACGCUCGAGUUAGAUCAUUGGAAGGACUUGUGAGCAAGCUCCAGGCUGAACUAGUUGUUGGUGGUGGCAAAAUUUCUGAGGACCCUAAAGAUGAUGGUAAAGUAUCACAGCAGAAUGGAACAAAUGAGGAAAUAAACCAUCUAAAGACUGAGCUUAAUUUCGUGAAACUUGAAGCUAGUCAGUUGAGAUCUGCAUUAGAUGCAGCUGAGGUCAGGUACCAAGAAGAAUAUAUUCGGAGCACAUUGCAGAUUAGAAGUGCUUAUGAACAAGUGGAACAUAUGAAAUCAGAGUCAUGUAAGAGAGAGGCAGAACUGGAGACUGAAUUAAAGACAAGCAAAGCUCAUAUAGAAGAGUUGAGGGCAAACCUAAUGGACAAGGAAACUGAGCUGCAGAGUAUUUCAGAGGAAAAUGAGGGGCUAAAUUUAAAGAUUGAGAAAAACCAGCCUCUUGAAAGAGAAUCCGAACUUGAGAUGGAGCUGAAGAAGUUCGAGGCAAACCUGGCAGAAUUGAAACUGAGUUUGUUAGUUAAGGAGACAGAAUUGAAGACUGUAACUGAGCAAAAUGAAAAGCUCAAGAUGGAGAUCGAGAAGAAGCAAAUGGAGAGUAAUAAAGUUAACGAUGAGGCUGCUGCUUUGACAGAAGCAGCAAAGGCUGCAGAGCGAGAAGCUUUAAUGAAACUUGGCCAUCUAACAGAGGAAGCCGACAAAAGUAGCAGAAGAGCUGCACGUGUGACUGAACAGCUUGAUGCAGCCCAGGCAACAAAUACAGAAUUGGAGGCUGAGUUGCGGAGAUUAAAGGUGCAGGCAGACCAGUGGAGAAAGGCAGCUGAGGCAGCUGCUGCUAUGCUUUCUACUGGAAACAAUGGAAAAUAUGCAGAGAGAACUAUGUCUCUUGACAGCAACCACAUAUCCAUAACUGGCAACAUAGGUUCACCUUACUCUGAAGACAUGGACGAUGACUCACCCAAGAAGAAGAAUGCCAAUGUGUUGAAAAAGAUAGGUGUGUUAUGGAAAAAAGGCCAGAAGUAGAUGGAGAAUUCGGUAUGUUAUAUUUCUCACUAAAAUUUAGUUGUUCUGAUGGUUUUUCAUUCUACGUAAUGCGCAUGAUCCCAUUCUUGACAGGUACUUAGCAUGGUUCUUAUUGAGAAUUUCAAUAUUAUCAAGGAUGUCUAGAAAUGCUAUGAUACCCUCUGCAAACUAUUGUAUAAUGGGAAAACUGACAUUGUUAAGUUUUGUUUCGUCUGUUAUGUUACUGGUGGCUUUGAUCCUAUGAAUGUUGAAUCAUUUUCUGGAGAAGGCUCCAUUUUUGUUAUGACGUAGUUAGCAUUCAAGUCAUUACCACAUUGACAGUAUCCUUAUGAAGGUUGAGCAGGUGAUCCAUGAAUAUAUCAAAAGAACAUUUCAAGUUCUUGUAAUGGAAUUUCCUUGGAGGAUUGCCUAGCUAAUGUGUAUCGCUGCAGCAUGUUACAUAAGUACUAAACAUCAUCAUUUCAG